AAUACUUACUGAGGACUACAAAACUCUUCUUGGCAGAACAACUGUGUCACAUCAAAUUAAUUUAAUCUUUGAUCUGAGGCUGGGCUGGUCUUAGUUUUUUGGGGGCCCUGAGCAAAAUUUUGCUUGGGGGCCACCCACCUCAUGGGUAAAACAUUUGAAUGGUCCCCCUCUUGAGGUCAGAGAGAUGAAAUUGAAGUUUUAAAGCACAUUUUCUGCAAUUCUACACAUUUUGCCAUGAGGUGGAGAAAAAUGUUGCAGGUUUCAAACUAAUUUCAUGCAAUUCUACUCAUUGUGCCAUGCAACAGGCAGAAACCGUUUCAGUUUUAAAGCAAAUUUUUUACAAUUCUAAAACAUUUUCCAUGGGGUGGAGAGAAUUUAGCAGUUUUUAGAACAUUUUUCAUGCAAUUCUACAAAUUUUUUCCUUGAGGCGGGGAAAAAAAGAUGCAGUUUUAAGCAAUUCUACACAUUUUGCCAUGACUUAUUCCUUGAUCAUAGAUAUCUGAGUCAGAGUGACUAACAAAAUCAAUGGGGGCACCCUGAAGGUCAGGGCCCCUGGGAACAUGCACUGCGUGCCUGAUCAGUAAUUCUGCCAACAAUACUGCAAGGUGUAUUUAGCUAGCAAGACUAACUUACCAAUUUAAAAAGUGUGAGCUGACAUGGGCAAGACAUUACUAGAGAAAAACUGCUGACGCGCUACCAAAUUUCAAAAUUGCACCUUGUGUAUUCUACGACUCUAACACUCAACAGUAAGUUGAGACUCUGACUGAAUUCCUAAUAUGUAUAUAUUUUUUUAUUUAAAAAACUGUUUAUGUCGCUUAUGCCAGAGCAAAAUGUGAAAAAUAACUAUGGUGUUUAAAGUACAUUCUUAGUUUAUGGAUGUCAAUUUACUCAUUUUUACUGUUGUGUCCCAGUUAAGUGUAUUUCAGUGUCUUUGCAAUGUACAGUAUUUUAGUGUAUUUACAGUGUAUCUCAGUGUAUGUCAGUCUGCUUACCCCACUGUCUCUCUCCACAGCUGGAAGGGUCCUGGUCUACCCUGUCGACGGCAGCCACUGGCUCAACAUGAGGAUACUGGUGGAGGCGCUUCACACCCAGGGUCACCAGGUGACCAUUCUGCGCUCCUCCACCAGCUGGUACGUGGCUGAACACUCCCCCCACUACACCUCCAUCACUGUGCCCCAGGCUCAGCCCCAGAACAUCGAGAGUCAGGAGUUCAUGGCCCACUUCCUGAAGAGGUCGCUGGAGAUCCAGCGGGGCAAGGGCUCACCCUGGGCCUUCCUGCAGUUCUGUGGGAACCUCUUCAGCAUGCUGAGGCAGAACCAGGAGAUGGUGGCCGAGCUGGUCGUCACCAUGUUUGAGAACCAGACUCUGAUGACAGAUCUGAAAGAGGCUGAGUAUGACCUGGUCCUGACUGACCCAGUGUUCCCUGCCGGGGUCCUGGUGGCCCACUACCUCCAGCUCCCCCUGGUUCUCAAUGUGCGCUGGCACCUCAGCGGGGAGGGACACUUUGCCAUCGCUCCCUCGCCACUAUCCUACGUCCCUCAAAUAUUCUCCCGCAACUCUGACCUGAUGAACUUUGCACAGAGGCUGAGUAACAUAUUCUACCACUGUCUCAGCUACUACAUGUAUCGUUACGUCUCCAACCCGCCUUACCAGGCCGUGUGCGACCGCUACUUUGCCCCUGAUGAGGUGGACGUCAUAUCCCUUAUCCAGGGAGCUGAUCUGUGGCUGAUGAGGGUGGACUUCGUCUUUGAGUUCCCUAGACCCACCAUGCCGAACGUGGUCUACACUGGUGGGUUCCAAUGCAAAUCCUCCAAGCCUUUACCUGCAGCUUUAGAGGAGUUUGUCCAGAGUUCUGGAGAAAACGGGGUGGUGGUGAUGUCACUGGGGACUCUGUUGGGUGGACUGGGUCCAGUAUUGACAGAGGUCAUAGCCUCAGCCUUCGCCCGGCUGCCCCAGAAGGUGGUGUGGAGACACCUGGGAAAGAGGCCUUUGUCUCUAGGCAACAACACCCUGCUAGUGAAAUGGCUGCCUCAGAACGACCUCCUGGGUCACCCCAAAACCAAAGUGUUCGUCACACACGGGGGCACCAACGGGAUCUACGAGGCCAUCUAUCACGGAGUCCCAUUGUUGGGUAUCCCUCUCAUCUUUGACCAGUUUGAUAACAUGGUGCGCAUGAAGGCCAGAGGAGUGGCGGAGGUUAUAGAGGUUACAACGUUAGAGGUGGAAUCCUUAACACAGACUCUGAUGGGCAUUCUGGAUGAAGAGAAGCCCUACAGAGAGAAUAUGAGAAGACUAUCACGGUUGCACCACGACCGGCCUAUAGAACCUUUGGACAGCGCCAUCUUCUGGCUGGAGUUUGUUAUGCGACACAAGGGGGCAGCUCACCUACGUACAGAGUCCUAUAAGAUGCCAUGGUAUGUCUAUCAUAAUGUGGAUGUUCUAGCACUGCUGCUGGGCUCUGCUCUGCUUGUUUUGGUGUUGCUUGUGGUUUCCUGUAUGUGCUUGGUACGAGGAUUACGAAAGAGGAGAAAGUCCAAGUUGGAGUGAUUAUGUUACUUAUGGCCUACUUACUUAGUUAUUACACAGCUUUACAAUCCAAGCAUACAGUAGAUAUAUAUGGGGAAAGCAAUUGCAAUUGCAAUUGUAUUUUAUGUAGAGAACCUUCCUAAUAUAUCACAGAUAUAGGUUAUAUAUAUUUAUUACAUGCACUUUUUGAAUCAAGGUUUUAUUGGGUUAUUAUGAUGCAAUCCUGCAUUUGCCGUGUAUUUUCACUCAUGUUAUCAAUUUUAUAAUACACAGUGUAAAUGGUGACCGUUUUUUUAUUUUUAAUCAAAUGAGAAUACGUUGAAAUGAUGCGGAAUAAACAGCGAAAGUCUUCUCGGUAACUUAUCAUUUUCACGUCAAUACUUCACAAGCCACUUUUUAAAACCUUAUGUUCAGGUAUGCAUCAGAUCACCACACAGGAAAUCCUCACGUGGUGAUAACUCUACAUCUUGAAAGCAGAUUUACACCUUUUGUGAAAACAACGUUUCCUGUUCUUCUGCAAAUGCAUUCACAGCACUUUGUGUUUUCCACAUGGCUCUUAUCGUAUCCUUAAUACAAGACAUCAUAAAACAAUUACAGCCUACUGUGUGCUUAGUUGCAUCUGUCUGGCAAUAUUAUACAUUUACAACAUUUAUCUGUUGAAUAUACUGUAUAUUUACAAUAUAUUUACAUCUCUUAGAUACAAUGAAUAACCAGGAAUGUACAUUCAUGCAGAUGACCAUGCAAGAAAUACAAUGUACUUUCCAUAUCAGCAUAUUUAUAAUACAGCUCAGUAAACACAGCAAACACACAAGAGACCUAUAGAAAUCUGGGAACUGUACUUUGAACUUCCCUAUUCAAACAAUAAUAUGCACAGUAAUAAACACAUUAGAAAUUGCUGAAAGAAAAGCAGAACGACUCUCAAGAAAGCAAACAAAGCUACACUGCUAUUUCAAUGUGAGUUCAUAACGGUGGGGUUUGUGUCUGGAUGCGAUGGUUGAAUAGCAGAGGCACAGACCGACGAGCUCGUUCCCAAAGCCUGGUGAUAUGUACGAGCAGGUUUUCAUUGUUGUGGAUGUAAACCAAUGGGUUGAUGGCACUGUUUAGACACACGAGUGAUCGGCUGACUUGGUGAGCAAUGUAGAUGCCAGCAAACCAAUCCUCACACGUGCCUUUGCUUUUCAAAAUCCUAGUCUUCAGGUUUAGAUUUCUGAAUAUGUGAUACGGUAUGUAGCAAACUGAGAAGAGUAAAGUCACAAUGAUCACCAAUUUUAGGCAUCUCUGCUUCAUCACUUGGUCAAUGUUGGGGUUGUUAAAGAGGACCACAGCCACGUGUCCAUAGCAACCCAAUAUGAUGAGCAGAGGGAUGAAAAAUCCAGAUACUGUCCACGCAAUACUGUAGUCCAGGUAUUCCUUGAUAGAGAAGUUGAAGGUGGUGUCAACGCAUGUGACUUUCCCCAAAGAAGAGUUGAGUAAUGUUUUGUCAAAGAACAGAUCAGGAAUAAUCUCAAUGCAGACUAAACCCCAAACUACAGCUGUGAUGACUACAGAGUGGCCCCUUGUUAUCCUGCCCAUCACUCUCAGUGGGUGGACGAUGCUCAGGUACCUGUAUACACUAAUACAUGUGAGGAAACCAAUACUGCCAUACAAGUUCAAAUUGAAGCAGAAUCUUGUCAUCUUGCAGAAGACCUGUCCAAAGGCCCAGUGACUGCCUGCUGAGUAGUACGCAAACAGAAAUGGAAGAGUGAGCAAAUACAGAAUAUCUGCAACUCCAAGGUUCAGAACAAAAAUGUUGAUAUUUCCGAAUUUCUUCCAGUUCGCAAACAAGGAUUUUAGUCCCCAGCAGUUACCAACAAGGCCGACAAUAAACACGGACAUAUACACUGUAGGUAAGAACGUGUGAGUAAAGUCCAUGUUAAUGUGUCCACAGGAAAUGUUUGUCUUCAUUUUCUUUCCUCAACAAAAUGUUUGAUUAUAAACAGGUCGGUCUUGCCAAAGAUAUUAUAGCUGGAUGAGUAUAACCUGUAUAAAUAAAGGUCAAGUUGAAUGAA